AUGCCAUCUUUAGUAGAACAAAGCAACACAAAAGAAAAAUUCUCAACUGAUCUAGAAAUUCUGAAAACAUACUUAAUUGCUGCCUCGCCCUUCGGAAUUCUCGGAGCUCAUCAGUAUUACAGCGGGAGAAUUUUAUGGGGAUUAUCAUACACAUUCACAUUAGGAGGCUUGGGCAUUUGGUGGCUAUUUGAUUUGUUUAGAAUUUCCACUAUUGUUCACAGGCGGAAACAAUGGAAAGUUGGAGUUAAUCUUAACAAAAAGUACGCAGACGAUGUGUACCUGAUCUGGAUAUGGUUUGGGAUAUUAGGAGGACAUCAUUUUUACCUCCGACGGUAUAAAGCCGGGUUUCUAUAUCUAUUUACAUUAGGCUGUUUUGGCAUUGGGUGGCUGGUAGAUCUCGUAAGAAUCCCGUGGAUUGUACGUGAUUAUAAUUUGGACCAUGUUGAACAAGACGAAAUAACAUUUAGCGAUGCUUUUAUGGAGUCGUUAUCCGAUUUCGACCGACAGGAAAUACAACGUGCUAUAAGGCGCGCACGAUACAGCGGGGAUGAUAAUUCUGUCUUUGAAAACGACGACGGAGAUGAUAUUGAAGUAAGUGGUCAUGAGUUUUCUGUAUUUAAUUCUUCUUUUAGUAGUUCACAACGACCAAAAUUUAGCGUAGGCUCAAGAAGAGAGUCAACUAUUGAAGAUGAUCAAAACGUAGCCAUGGUAACAACAGUGGCAAUAAUCUCUAGCCCGGAUGAGUCCGCUGCUGCAUCUGCAAAAAAUGAAAAGUCGCAAAAACGAACGACGGAUCAUAACGAGUCCAGUGAUAUAGGCAAAAAGUCGAAAUCUCGGGGCGAGAAAGAGAAAACGGUAAUAUUAAACCCUGCUUUAUUUAGGGCUUUACAUAAUAUUAAUGAGAAUGGCGACCACCCGAUAAAUGCAUCUAUAAAUCGUUCAAAGAGUAUUCCAGCAAGAUUGUGUAAUGAAAACAGCUUAAAAAGAUAUUCUAACAAUAUGCUAGAAAGAAAAUCAUCAGAGCAUACGUUUCAAAUAAAUGAUACCAAUCACACUGAGACAAAUACAAAUCAUAACUGUCAUAAUGUAAAUGAAAUUAUUAAAAACAAUACGGAAGCCACAGACUUUAAAACAAAUGAAAUAAGAAAGCUUGGAAAAUCCGCGAGUUCACAAUCCUUUACAUCCACAUCUGUUCUCAAUCGUGUAAAAUCUGAUGCAGGUGAAGAAGAUGUUGUAACUAAGCGGAAGCGGAAGAUACUCAUGCGAUCCAACACGCAAGUAGCUGGACUAUCGUGGUAUGAUCCUCAUGACGCUGCUCAAAAUGUUCAAUUGAAUCGUAGAUCAAGUGUGAGUGAAACAAACGAUAACACAUCGAAUGAUAACGACUCAAUUUCAACACUUCCAAGAGUAACAAAAAUUCCUAUACGUGCAGUAAAAAAGGAAGGCAUGAGAAGAGAGAAUUCUCUUCCUAUAAUGUCGUCUCCACAAACGCAAACUUUCGCAAGAAUUAAUGAGGAAUCAGACCUUGCAGCAAAUGUUCAAAAGGCCAAAAAUGUACUUCCAAAUGGUAGGAUAAAGUGCCACAGCAUCUCAGAGGAGAUUGUUCAUAUUGUAUCGUCUGUUUCAUUAGUCAAUGUUUUUGAUGACGUAGAAGAAAUUCCCACAGGUCCAGAUACGUCAAAUAAAUCGUCAUCUGACAUGUUUACAGCAGUUAAAGAUACAGGUAUAGGGCUCCAUAAUGCCAUUCCUGAAAGUAGACCAAUUACUAAACGAUCAAUGAGUUUUCCUAGUCGACAAAUAUCACUUGAUGAAGACACGUCUUUUCAAAAUGGCACCGUUCUUGUUGUUGAUAACAAUGAACAUUUUGACAAUUCGAAGUCGUUAAGGCGUUCGUCCACACAGUCUGGGAUAAAACAUUUGGCACCUGAAGAAAGUAUAAAACAUAGAAAGAGGAGAAAAUCAUUUAUUCCGAAGCUAACUAAAUCUAAAUCAGAUGCCCAUACACCGGUGAUGAAGCUUGAUGUUACAAAUGACAACGAGACCACACACGAAGCAUGGACAUCAAGUGAUACCAAUAAACCAGGAUUUCUUACAAUUAAAUGAGUUCACCAUUGUAAUCAUUUAUUUCUAUUCAACGAUUUAAAAAAGUGGAAAGUUAGC